UGCGCUCUAAGUUUUAUCUCAUCAACCUUAACACUGACCCGUUCCCUGCAUUCCAUACCUACAGAAACACCCCAUGAAUGCAAGACUUGUUUGAUCAUCUCAUGUUUGAGAUCUCAUUCUGUAAUAUUCAAACAUAACCCACCAAAGUAAUGCCACCAUUCUUGAUCUGCCAUGCUGCAAUGAUGAUCUGUCUUCGCACAAAGAUUCAGUUUCGACUUGUUACUAUCGGUCCAUGUUCUUGAACUUCUAGUCUUUCCUGAGGCGAAUCUGUGUAUUUGGAUAGAGCUUGAAUAUCAUUAUGGAGAUAGAGGGAGGUGCACCGCUCGCCGAAACACCGACCUAUGCGCUCGCAAUUGUGAUAAUCAUCUUGGUCGCGCUGGGCGCCUUCUUCCAAAGUACCUUGGAAUGGUCUGCAAAGUGGUUGGAAAAGAACAAGAGGAAAGGUCUUGUUGCUGCUGUGGGGAAGAUCAAGGAUGAGCUUAUGCUUUUCGGGCUUCUCUCUCUGCUGAUGGGUCAUUGGAUCGCAUACUUCGCAAAGAUUUGCAUCAAAUCUUCAACCUCGAGCAGCCGAUUCUAUCCUUGUAUGAGAGAAGAUGUAAUCAAGGUGGUGGAGAAUGUCGUCUUCCCAAGUUCAAAGAAGUUAAAUGAAUCAGGUUAUAGCAUCGAAGUGAUCAUAGGGAGGCAGAAGCAUUGUCCUAAGGGGCACGAGCCUUUCGUUUCAUAUGAAAGUCUCGAGCAGCUUCACCGCCUACUGUUUGCCCUUGUCAUUAUUCAUGUAUCUUACAGCUUCGCAGCCAUUUCCCUGGCCAUUACUAAGAUAUAUAGUUGGCGAACAUGGGAAAACCACGCUAAGAGAAUGACCAUAAAGGAAGGUUUUCCAAGCAUAUUCCACCACACCUUGCAUCCAUUGAGCAAGGACAGAGUUCUCGUUUGGCUGCUUUGCUUCGGCCGCCAAUUCUGGAGUUCUAUUAACCAAGUGGACUACAUGGCUAUGCGGUUGGGCUUCAUUACCACUCAUAAGCUUCCUCUAUCUUACGAUUUCCAUAACUAUAUGGUCCGGACCAUGGACGAGGAAUUCAGCGAUAUUGUUGGCAUUAGCGUGCCCUUUUGGAUAUACGCGAUAUGCUGCAUACUCUUAAAUUUUCAUGGAACCAACGUCUACUUCUGGUUUUCCUUCCUUCCAGCAGUUCUGAUCCUUCUAGUUGGCACCAAGCUACACCGUGUGGUGGCGAAGUUGGCGGUCGAGAUCAGGGACUAUUGCCCAGCCACAGGACAUCAUUACCUUAAUCUGAGGGACGAGUUCUUUUGGUUCGGCAAACCAAAGCUUCUCUUGUGGUUGGUGCAGUUCAUAACCUUUCAGAAUGCGUUUGAGAUGGCAACUUUCAUUUGGUCCCUGUGGGAAAUUCAGGGUGCUUCUUGUUUCAUGGACAACCACAGAUUCCUGGUGAUCCGGUUAAUAUUCGGGGUUGUUUCCCAAUUCUGGUGCAGCUCCAUUACUUUCCCUCUUUACGUUUUGGUCACACAGAUGGGCUCGAGUUACAAGCAGGCCCUGAUCUCCGAGAACACGAGGAGAUCGCUCAGCAUGUGGAAGCAGCGGGCCAGCUCCAGGACGAGCUGCACAUCGUCCAGCCAGUCGCUCCUCGGCGAGACCUCGGCCACGUCGACGGACUGCUUGCUGGGCGAGCGGGCCAGGACCUCCAGCUUCUCGAGGAGAAGGACGGAAGGAGGCCGCUCUCCGGGGACCAACCUCCCGCGCCAUGAGGCCGCUCUAUCCGCCCGGGGCAGUCACAAGACCCUGGAAGAGCUCAUCGUUUCGGAAGAUCCGUACCAUUGCAUUCCAAGUUCGGACGACUGCAGCGGCGACGAGCGGGACGGCGAACGACGACCCUGAAAGCUUCAUUCCGGUUGUAGUCGAUCUCAGAAGUUCUUGCUCCUCUAUCCCUGUCGCCAUUAGAGAGAAUCAAACGAGUUUUACGGCCCUUUAAUGAUUGAUGAGUGCCAGCGGGUCAAGUCCAAACCUUUUGUAACCAUGCAAAGUCAUAGAUACUCAUCAUAAAUUACUCUUCACACAUUGACUGCAGUUUUGUCUGGAUGAAAGUAAAA